UUUUCUUGAUUUUCGUGCUUCCAACAAACUGAAACUCGCUCGCUCAUCAAUAUAUAUCCCUUUACAUAGUAGUUAUAACGGUUAACCGUGCAAAACACAUGCUAUAUAUCUCUUCAAUGGAUAUAACUUCCCGCGGUACACGUGACACUCUUCCUUCUCGACGGAGCAGAAGUGGAAGCGCGGCAGCCAUAUCCAUAACGGCGAACGAGAGAUCUUCAACGAGGAAGCCUAGCUCGAGUAGCAAAAGAUUCAUGAGAGGCAAUAACCGUUCAAGAUCGUCAAGAACAGCGCAAAGUAGUUCGGGUGCCACGUCACCGCCAGCUGGCAUGAUGAAGAAGGUGGCUUCUGCGUGGGCGAUGUCGCCAGGAAGGUCAUCUCUUGGCUCUCCGUUUGUUCCAAAGGCGGUGUCUGAGUCGCCGACGAAAGCAAAUGGCGGUGGCGUGGUCAGCAAGGUGUUGAAUUACUGGAAGCAAAAAAAAGCUUCGGUAAUUGAAGAAGAAGGAUACCACAGGUUUAGGAUUUUGCAUAACAGGCUUUUGCAGUGGCGGUUUAUCAAUGCUAGAGCUCACUUUGCCAUGGCUCGUUUCAAAACUGUAGCCGAGCUUCAACAAAGAAGAUGCAGAAGCACUCAAGCAGAAACAGAAAGUAGAAGACGAAGUAGAAGAUGCAUAAGCAGAGCAGACCCAGAAGAUACAGAAGCAAACUCAGAAGAUGCAAAAACAGAAGAAACAGAAGACGAAACAGAAACAUAUUCAGAAGAAGCAGAAGACGAAGCAGAAACAGAUUUUCUGGCUCGUGACGGCGACGGCGACGGCAGCUCCAAGUUUCGCCGGCGCCGGCAGCUCCAAGAAGAAGAAGGAAGCAGAUUCAGAAGAAGAAGCAGAACCAACGGAGCAGCGGCGUGGCCGCGUGGUCGAAUCGGUGGCGACGGCUCAGCGGCGUAG